AGGAUGGUUGGUUGAAGGCAGGGUGAGAUGAUUAUACUAGUGUGCUGUUUUGUUAGAGGAAGGCGGAGAUAGAAAUAUAUACACAGGCAGUAAAUCUCGGAGUUCUUAAAAUUGGUAACUCUGAGGGCCAUGGCUUCCACCUCUUCCUGGAUAACGGUUGUGCCCAGCCUUCUCUUGCUCUUGAUCUCUUGGGAGCGUGUCCACGGGGAGGAGACCACUAGACCUGUGUCCAGACAACGUGUAGGGGAGUACAGCUUCGGAAAGUGUGUCGUGCAGGGCCUGUAUCCACAAGACCUUGACUCCUUCAAUUCUGUCGAGAUGACGCGGGAACACGCCCUUGGCUCCCGCUGGACUGAGCGUUGUCGGACGUGCAAGUGCGACAGCUUUGGGGCGUGGUGUCAAGGCCCUACGUGCCCAGUGCCCUACGACUUUUCUCAAGAGAAAUGGUGUCUACAGUGGUCCGAAGACGGCUGUUGUUGUGAACAGCUCGGCUGCUCUGUGGAUGACGAAGAAUAUCCUCUACAUCAGGAGUUUCCGUACGGAGACGGGAACCCUUGCCUGACAUGCAACUGUAUGAUCGGCCAAUCAAAAGACCACUGUCUACGUCAAAAGUGUGGCACAUCUGACAUCAUCUGCGAGGACAGAAGUGUGACGUAUGACGAUGAUUGCUGUCCAUUUUUCACCUGUCCCCAUGGAGAGAGGAGGCACUGCAAACUGCACAAUGCAGAGUUUCAACCUCUGAGUGAGACGCUGGGGUCAGGGAUGACUCAUUUGACAGUGUAGGUCGUCACCAAAACGUGCGUUCAUCGUUAGUGAAAAUGAAGUGUGACAAUGUAAAAGGUGUUGGAUUAAAACAAAAGGAGAAAACU